UUCUCUCUACCGUGCCUGUUCUCUCUUUUGUUUCUCUCUGAACUAAAUCACCACCACCACCACCAUCCUCAUACCACCUCCGUCCUCCCACCACCGCGGUCACCAACCUCCAUCCAACACCACACCUGUCCAUUCUCUCUCUCCCUCUCUCUGAACUCUCGCCGUCAUCCUGAUCUCCGCACCACCACAUCCUCCCACCGUCACAACAACCACCAUUCUCAUCAGUCAUCAUCCUCCAUCGUCGUCACCACCAUCGGACGGAAGUUAAUCGGAGAGGGAUCGGAGGUUGAGUACGGUUGUGUGACAGAUAGAGAUUGAAGGUUGAAGAAGAGAGAGAGAGAGAGAGAGAGAAGCUAAGCAAAAACAAAAGAGAGAUAACGGAAAGAAAACUGCUCCUCGACAAGAAAAUCAGAAUGGCUUCCAAGACCCCAAUACGAUCCACCACUACACCCCUCUCCAACUCAAUCUUCAAAUCUAAACACAUUUUCUUACAUGAAUGGUGGCUUGUGAAACCUCCAAACCAAUGCAAGGGUUUAGCGCUUGCUGGCAUUGCUUCAAUGGAGAGAGAAAGAAUGUUUUUUUCUUCCGUGAUUGUAGAGAGACAUGAACCCAAUGUUGUAGAGACUCAAGAUGGCAUCACUGUAAUGUUUCACGGUUUGAUCAACGCUUCACGUACAUCUCAAAAUGGUUUUUCUUCUGAGGUAUGUCGCCGUUUCUCGGUUGGAUUUCCACACAAUUGGAAAAAUUAUUCAGCUCAUAGUUCAGAAAAUGAAUGUGAAAACGUGGAUAAAGUUACUGGUUUUGACGACUCAAAUACUUCUUCCCACAAAAUAACAGCUGAUGAGACCUCACAGGAAGCUGAAGGUAACAACAAUAUUGCGAAUCUUAGGUUGUCUCAACCACAUGUUGGUGUGAUUUAUAAUGGUGAAAAUGGAUUCUCAAAUGCUUCACCCCACAAAAAAGCAGCUGAUGGAACUUUGCAGGAAGAUAUAGAACCUGAAGGUAAUGACAACAUUGCUGGUCUUAAGUUGUCUCAGCAGGAAGAUAUGGAACCGGAAGGCAAUAACAACAUUGCGAGUCUUGAUUUGUCUCAACCGCAGGUUGACAUGAUUUCUAAUGGGGAAAAUGGAGUCUCAAGUGUUGCUGCAGCUGAAAAUAGUCAAAAUUUGAUUAGUGUAUUUGAAUUUGAUCCUACCUAUGAGCCUGAUAGUCUUAGGUCUCCACUUUACGCAAAGAAAUUGGAUUUUGACAUAUUAUCAAGUGACCGCAUGGAUAAGAAACGUACCAAGAAGAAGAUUGUAGGGGAAACUGGUAACUUGUGUAGUAGUAGGGUGCUGACAAGAAGCAUUGCCAAGAAAAGUCACAUGAUGCUUAAAAAGGAUGGGAAAACUGCAGUAAAAUGUUUCACUUCUCCUGUUAGAAGAUCUACCAGGCUACUAAAUUAUCAAAAAUGAGCUGUUUACGAUUAUUCUGUUGGAUUUUGAUCCUAACUGAAAAAUUAUUUGGCUUGCUUUUGAAGAUAUAUAGGUGUAGUGUUCAUAGGAUUUGGAGGCCUUUGAAAUGUUCAAAUUGGUGCCUGAGGAAGCAUAUUCCAUAAGUUUUAGAGUUUGCUUCUUUUAUUUGUACCUCUUUUUUUGGGUUGUUGAAUUAAGGGUAUAUAUGCACAUCUGAUAUAUUUAUUGAUUUUGUGAUCUUUGGGAGAGAGAUCCUCUCCAUUUAUAACUUUUUCCAUUUGUUGCAAUUUGGAGAGAGAUAGACACAUAGAAAAUAAUGAUGGUGGGAUCCACUUAGUGAUAGGACCCACCACUUAUUUUUUUGUGUCUAUCUCUCUCCAAAUUGCAACAAAUGGAAAAAAUUAUAAAUGGAGAGGAUCUUUACCCUGAUCUUUGAUGCUGUUA